AUGAAGAACCGGCCGGUGCUGGCGGUGCUGCUGCUCCUGGCGCUGCCGCUCGCCCCCGCCCGCCGCGCCCCCGCCGCCCCACCGGGCCCCGCACCGGGGAUGCCCGUCCCGGAGCCGCUGCCGUGGAGCCCCCGCGGCAGCCCCGGGGCCGCCGCCGCCGCCGCGGCCGCGCUGGAGCUGCUGCGGGAGGAAGGCGCCGGAGACAUGCACGAUUUCUUCGUGGGGCUCAUGGGGAAGCGAGCAGCGGAGCCCGGGCGAGCGGCGGGGCGGGGGAAGGGCAGCCCGGCCCCCCGGUGCUCCCCGGGACCCCCCGCUCCCGGAGAGGCCCCGCUGCGGGCGGCCUGAGCGGCGGAACGAGCGCCCCACGGGGUUGUGCCCGGUGUCCCGGGGGUGGUGGGACGGCUGUGGGAGCGUCCCGGCGCCCACGGAGCCGUCGGGAGCGCGGCGGU